AUGGACACCUAUUUAAAUUGGUUUGACGGUUGGCAUUUGCCGCCAAUCAAAAGUCACGUGACUUAUUGUAUUCCCGCUAAUAAAUAUCCACGUGCGGACAGACGAUCUGCGGGCAUCGAGUCGAGAAGAAGCGUUUCCCGUCUCUCUCUUCACCAUACGGCUCAAACACCAAGACUUCGUGAGACCAAAAGAAAAAAAACUCUCUCUUUCCACGCUCUCACUUUCCACCACUUUUUCUUUCCACAUCUCUCUUUCCCCGUCUUUUUCUUUCCACAUCUCUCUUUCCCCGUCUUUUUCUUUCCACGUCUCUCUUUCCACCUUCCCGUGAUGGCUUUCUUUCUCCUUCUCUCUUUCCACCUCUCUCUUUCCUCUUCUCCCUCUUUCCACCUCUUUGUCUUCUCACCUCUCUGUCCAUCUUUCUCUUUUCACAUCUGUGCCUUUCCACCUCUCUCUUUCUACACCUCUCUCUUUUCACCGCUCUCUUUCCAAGCUUUCUCUUUCCACCACUCUGUCUUUUUAAUCUCUCUCUUUCCACCUCUCUCUCUUUCCACCUCUCUCUCUUUCCACCUCUCCCUCUUUCCACCUCUCUCUCUUUCCACCUUCCCAAAUGUUAAUUGUAACCCCCCUCCCUCUCUCUCUCUCCCUCUCUCUCUCUCCCUCUCUCUCUCUCCCUCUCUCUCUCUCUCUCUCUCCCUCUCUCAUUGCUGUAUUUCAAUUUUUAGACUUAGACUGGGUUGCAAAUCACCGAAUCCAAAAUUUGGUUCGUCCACACAACCUAAACAUCCUCCAGACGAUGCCAUUUUGUUGUAUAGUGUUUUUCUAUGA